AUGGCGUCGGACCUGCCACUGGCCGAAUCAACAUCGGCGCUGCACUUGGGACCGACGCAGCGGAGGAACGACGGCGAGGUUGGGGGGCGACAGAACCCGACUGACCCGGUCACGCUAGGGUUUGCGCAACUGAAUGCGCGCUUCGAUAAGAUGGAUCGACGGGUGGAUAAUUUAGAACGCCGACCGAUAACUCAUGACAGCCCCGAGGCUGAGUUUGAUGAGGGCGAUCAGGAAUGGGAGGAAUACCGUAAGCAGGAUCGGAACCCACGUGAGGGCCACGACCGGCCAUACCGACAUCAGGCUAGAGGGCGUGGGCGACCAAAUCGUGGGGGUCGCGGGGAUCGCUUGAUAGACGGGUUCAACCAGGGCCGUGGGGGCCGUCCUAUGCAGCGCCGUGGUGAAUACACAUCGGGCCGCCGUCGCGACAAUUGGGACCCUCCCCAGAGACACGACGAGUGGGAUGAUGAGGGGUACGACGAUCGCACGGUAACGUGCUGGGACCCACCACAGCGCCGAGACCGAUUGAACCGUCAGGGGUCGGAGUAUUCUCCGGGCAUGAAGAUGGAUGCGCCACACUUCGAUGGCUCCGAUGCACCCAAUUGGAUUUCACGCGUGCAAUAUUUUUUUGAUCAUAAACGGAUCCCGGAAGCAGAACGCUUACACUAUGUCGUCAUGCUUUUUGAUCCACCGGCUUCGGAGUGGAUCUUCAACUAUCGAGAGACCAAUGGUUUUGUGACGUGGCCAGAAUUCUUGAUCGACGUAAGACAUCGAUUUGACCCUCAGAGCUUCAAAAAUUACACGGGAUUAAUUGCCAAAUUGGUCCAGACGACCACUGUGGCGGAUUAUCACGCGACGUUCGAACGUUAUCUCAAUCGGGUGACCGAUCUAUCGGAGUCGGCCUUAAUUCCAAUUUUCAUUCAAGGCCUUAAGCAACCCCUGCAGGAGAAGGUAGAAUUACAAUACCCGGAUUCAUUGGCAGAGGCAAUGGCCUUAGCGCUGCGACUAGCAGCUACUCACGAGGACCGGCCACCUACGUCGUCUUACUCGUGCCGGCAAUGGCCAGGCAGGGAGCAACGGCCUAGUACCGUCCCUAUGGCCAACCAGCCCCCGGCACCCCAGCCGCAAGACCCGCAAGGUCGUGAGCCAGACAAAUCGCGCCCAUACCCGAUUCGGGUGUCCAAUGCGGAGAGAUCAGAGCGAGCUCGUCGAGGCCUUUGUUAUCACUGUCCCGAAAAGUGGGUAACGGGCCACGUCUGUAAGGUUAAGUUGCUUUGCUAUAUGGAUGACGAGGUUGAGGAGCCGCAAACUGACAAGGCAGGAGAGCCGACCUCCGAGGAUGAGCUGAUUACUGCAGACUUAUCACACCUCCACGCCUUGGAUGGCCGAGGGAGCUCGAAACCAUUCAUUGUACCGGGGACGGUGGGCGAGACAGCCGUCAGGGUCUUGAUAGACACAGGCGCGACUCUGGACUUCCUCCAUCCCAGGAUUGCGGAAGCUCUCCAAUUGGAUCUAUCGCCGAUUCGACCGUUCCGUGUACUAGUGGGUAACGGUGAAUCGUUGCCUUGUACUCAUAUAUCACGGGGCACAAAACUAACGAUACAAGGUACAUUGUUCUUGGUGGAUCUCCAUAUUCUCGCCCACCACGAACCGGAUGUCAUUUUGGGGAUGAAUUGGUUGGAGUCACUAGGGAAAGUGUCAGCAGAUUUUGUUAAAAAGACGUUGGAAUUUACUCACGGAGGUCGUACAAUAUUUUUGCAAGGAUUGAUGCCGGGCCCGAAGCAGAUCUCAUUACACUCGUUAUAUGCCUUAACGGCCCAAUUAGCUGACAACGAGUUCUAUGAAAUUGUACCGAUUGACAGUACGCCCAAGGAAGGGGGCGCCGCCGGACAGGAGUCUUUCCCUCCCGACCUGCCGUCAGCAAUUAUGGAGGUAUUGUCGGCACACAAGGCUGUCUUCGAUCAGCCCCGAGGCAUACCCCCGCCUCGUCCUUUUGAUCACAGGAUUCAUCUCUUGCCUGGAACGAGACCAGUUAAUGUUCGACCUUAUAGAUAUCCCUACUUUCAAAAGACCGAAAUUGAGAAGCAGGUACGUGACAUGUUGGAACAGGGCAUUAUUCGCCACAGCCAUAGUCCUUUUUCGUCGCCAGUAUUGCUGAUCCGUAAGAAAGACGGCACGUUUCGCUUUUGCAUAGAUUACCGCGCUCUCAAUACGGCGACCGUUCCGGAUCACUUCCCUAUACCCACGGCGGAGGAGUUAUUUGAUGAACUAGGCGAUGCAAAAUACUUUUCAAAAUUGGAUCUCCGCUCAGGUUAUCAUCAAAUUCGUAUGAGUGAGGGUGACAUCUUUAAAACGGCCUUCCGGACCCAUGACGGUCAUUUUGAGUUUCUUGUGAUGCCCUUCGGCUUGACGAACGCACCCUCCACCUUCCAGGCGGCUAUGAACAAAAUUUUCCAACCGCUACUCAGACAAUGUGUCAUUGUCUUCUUCGAUGAUAUCCUGAUUUACAGCCCAACCCUCGAGUUGCAUGGCCAGCACUUGGAGGCCGUUCUGGAGCUGCUUCACAAGAAUAAUUUCUUCGUCAAACUGUCGAAGUGCUCAUUUUGCAGUAUCACGGUGGAGUAUUUGGGGCACAUCAUUGCCGACGGCCAACUCAAGGCGGACCCCUCAAAACUCAACGCGAUGACGGCAUGGCCGACUCCGAGGACGGUAAAACAACUUCGCGGUUUUUUGGGGCUAACAGGCUACUAUCGACGAUUCGUUGCACACUAUGCUAUGAUAGCAGCCCCCCUAACGGAUUUACUUAAAAAGGAGGCCUUUCGAUGGUCGGCCGAGGCCGAAACGGCUUUUGCAGCAUUGAAAACAGCGAUGGCGUCCGCACCAGUUCUACAACUACCAGAUUUCACUCUGCCCUUCUGUGUAGAAACUGACGCUUGUGAAGUAGGCAUUGGCGCAAUCCUAAUGCAGCGCAAUCAUCCUGUUGCGUUUUUUAGCAAGAAAUUGGGCCCAAGGAGGAAAAUAGCCUCAACAUACCAUAAGGAAUUGUAUGCUAUCGCGGAGGCAGUGCAAAAAUGGCGACAAUAUUUGUUGGGGCGCGAAUUCAUUAUACGGACGGAUCAGCGGAGUCUAAAGGAAUUAUUACAACAGGUUGUACAGACGCCGGACCAACAAUUGUAUGUAAGGAAGCUAAUGGGCUACAAGUUUGUGAUAGAGUAUAAGCGGGGGAUUACGAAUAAGGCAGCCGACGCUCUGUCCCGUCAACACGACGCCGAGGGUACCCAGGCCGACGACAACCCGAGCUCCGCCGCGGAUGUCGUGGAGAUGUCCGCCGAGGGUCCCGCAGCUGUGGACCAACUGCUGGUCGCGGUAUCCAAGCCCGUGCCGGACAUAAUGCGCGCACUGCAACACGAGACGGCAUCCCGGCCAGAGUUAGUGGAGUUGGUGACCAAGAUCAAAUCUGGAGAUGCCCCACCACACUUAUCAUGGGCAGAUGGUCUCCCUAAAACCUAA